CCCAUUUCCACACUCCACAUUUCGCUAUCAGCUGUUGCUUGUCGCUCGUUAUGUUUUUUUUUUUUUUUUGAGAAAUUUUGUUGUUGCAGCCGGCGUUUGACACGUUGUUGUUGCUGCUAACCGCUGUUGCGGUCGAUAUCUCCAUCGCCGACGACGCCAGUGACGCUUUUUUUUAUAGGUUUUUGUGUUUCUUUUUUUAUAAGCCAUAUCGACAAAUAUUGCUGUUGUCGUGAUUGCGCUAACUGCUGACUUGAGUUGACUUUUCGCUUCGUUUUCGUCGCGUCGCGUCAUUCUGUCGUUCUGCGGUCUUACCCGGUUGUUGUCACUGACGUCUUUGCUAUUGUUGUUGCAUGCUCACAGUGCUGCUACUGUUGCGCCGUAGCCGUAGCCGUCGCCGCUUUUUGCCUGCAAUUGCUUGCCUUGCUAUUGCUUGCCUCACCACAAUCAGUCUGUGGAUGGAUGUCGUCGCCGUCGUCUGACAAUUUUUGGGUCUGCCAGAAAAAGCUCCUCAACGCGCGCACACAGCCAAACAGACGCACACAAGUGCGCACGCCAACAUAUCGGCACACACUAGGCAACAAACACGCGCGUCUUUGUACGCUCUUCUCGGCUGCUCGUGUGCGGGUUUUACGUGAAUUACUUACGUGCGUCCGUUGCCGCUCUGGUGCGGUGCUAUCACUACACGUCAGUGUUUCUUCACAAGUGCCAUACAGAAAACCAAAUUAAAUGAUUUGUAAAAACGAAAAUUAAAUGUUUUACUAUUUAAAAAUUUAGUUUUUGCAGUCAUAAACAAACAAAAAAUCAGAAAAACCCAAGGAAAAAACUAGCAAAAGUUAUUAGCACGUCGCGCCAACUUUUAUUUAUUGCAAUUUUUAGUUUGCAUAAUAAUUUUUUUGAAUUUGUCAAAAUUUCACUUGGCGUUGACAUUAAAUUUUCCAAGUGCAACAACACAGCGACGUACAACCUACCGCAGACAGACGACGGCGAGUGCCAAGAUGGGGUCUCAUGUACCCCAAAGCGGCGCAUCCACGAGGCGAGCGCCAUGGAAUGCCUCGAUGAUCUUCAAAGUGGUGGCCAUGCUGCUGAUAUUGCAUGCCACAUGCGGCACCGACCACACGGCAACAGCUAAGCAACUUAACAAUGCCGACUUCACCAUCGACGACACCUUCGACAUUGACCAGUUUGAUGAAACACCCGCCACCAACGUCGCCGCUGCCAGUUCAAAUGUGGCAGUGGCACGCAGCACGCGCGAUCUCGACUCCCAAUCUCUGCUCGAGGACGAACUACAGCCGGUCGCGGCCGAGGAGGAUGCCGACGCCGACAGUUGGUUGAUACAGGGUGUCAAGCGUGUGCGUCGCGAGCUUAGCCGCAUCUUCGGCAAGGCGGAGGACAAGUCAGCCAAGCAUUCGCAUCACCGACGCGGCCCUGGCGAAGGCGGCAAGGAAGCGCACAACAAGCAUUCGAAGCACAAGGCGCACAGCGCUGGUGAAGGCAAGAAGCAUCGCAACAAGCUUCAGCUGCGUGGCAAGCACCGCGCCGGAAAACUGUUACUCCAACGCCAACAGUCAGCGCAGGAUAUUGAGCACGAGGCGCCAGAGCAUGUAGGAACGGCGAAGCAGCAGAAGAAGCUGGCGAAAAAACACUCGAAACGACAGAGCGACUACGAUGGUUCCGGUGAUGGUGAUGAGGAUUUCGGUGCCGCGCCUAUGGCAUUGUGGCGCACACGAUUCAUCAUCAACGAGCCAUGGAAAAUUGCCUAUUCCGACCAAAAGAGCACCGAAUUUCUCGAACUGCACCGCCAAUUGGAGAUCUCUUUCCGCGAACUCUUCCAUGGCACACACAAUGAUGAGGACCUUGACAUCAGCCCGACCUUGCUGGCCGUACUUCCACACAAUGACAGCUACAAAAUCUAUGUGAUCGUGCAGCUGGAACUGCCCGAAGAGGUCACAGAUUUCGGAGAAGUGUUUGCCAAUCAAAUUGCUCGCUACCAUCGUUUGGGCAGCUUGGGCGCCGACACUGACAGUCGCUACUAUUUCAGACUUGUUCGCGACAUCAGUGAGCCAAUCGAUUACGAGUAUGAGCGCGAAAAUGGCGGCGAGUUUAAUGCAGAAGACAACGGUGCCGAUGGCGGUUUCGGGGCUGAGGAAGAAGAAGACAACGGUGUUAUCGAUGAGGCCACACCCGCGUACCAGUACGAUUGUGAUCACAACCCGAAUGGCCAAUUCCAGUGCUCAGAUGGUUCACUUAUAGCUUGCACUGAACACUGCAACCGCUACCCCGAUUGUGCGGAUGGCUCUGACGAAGACGCCGAUUUAUGUGGCCCGAUCUAUGAGGAAGAAGAUCGCCGUCAGGCAGAACAAGAUGCGCGUCAGCGUGCCGAAGAAGAGGAACGAAGACGAGAUGAGGAGCAUCGCCGAGCUUUAGAGGCAGAAGCACGCCGUCACGCUGAGGAAGAAGAUGAAGCGUUACGUUUGGCGGAACGAGAAGAAGAUGAGCGCCGACGUGCAGAAGAGGAACAUCGUCGUCGCUUAGAACAAUUAGACGAAGAACGCCGACGCGUCGAAGCCGAGCAAGGCGAAAGUAUCAAUUCAGUACAGCCAACCAAAGAUGAUGAUGCGGAUGAACUAGAAGAAGAGGAGCGCCGUAGGGCUGAACAAGAGGAAGAAGAGCGGCAUCGCGCUGAACAAGAAGAACAGGAGCGCCUUCGUGCCGAGCAAGAGGAAGAAGAAGAGCGACGUCGCGCUGAACAAGAAGAACAGGAGCGCCGCCGUGGCGAGCAAGAGGAAGAAGAGCGACGUCGCGCUGAGUAUGAAGAGCGUCGUCGUGCUGAGGAUGAACGUCUACGUGCUGAAGAAGAAGAAGCUGAACGCCGUCGCGCUGAAUACGAAAGUGGCCGAGACAACUACAACGUCAUACAACCAUGGCAGCCCCAACCCACCGAAGAACCCGAAGACGUUUCUCAUGUCACACCAGACUUUGAUGAGGGUUCUGGCGACAAUGGGCCUGGCAUAUCGACCGAUCGUUCCACGCUCUUCACACCGUUCGGUUGCCGUGGUGACGCUUCAUUCACCUGCUCUGAAAGCGGUGUGCAGAUCUGUGACGAGCAGCGCUGUGACGACCACGAAGACUGUCCCGACGGAGAAGACGAAGUUGGCUGCUCAGAGGAUGAACCUGUCGAUGGAGGCGAAGGCGAGGGCGAUGAAUAUGAAAAGGUUUGUGCUGAAUACGAAUUUAAAUGUGAUGAACGUUGUUUGCCCCGUGAAUACCUGUGUAAUGGCGCACGUGAAUGUCUCGACGGCAGCGAUGAGGCGAACUGCCCGACAGAGGAAGAACAGGAAUGCUUACCAAAUGAGUACAGAUGUCGUGCCGGCAACUGCAUUGACAAUGCGCGUCGCUGUGAUCACGUGCGUGACUGUCCCGAUGGCGAUGAUGAAGACGCUAGCUGCCUUAUCGGUUGUCGCGACGACGAGUACCUCUGCAAGAAUUCUGAACAGUGCAUCAGCAGCACGAAGGUGUGCGAUCGUAUCACCGAUUGUGUAGGCGGCGACGAUGAGGAUCAGUGUGAAGGCAGUGGUGAGUCUGGCUGCAGUUACAAUGAAUUCCAAUGCGACAAUGGUCAGUGCAUACCGAUGCGUGAGUUAUGCGAUAAUAUCUAUGAUUGUGUUGAUUAUUCAGAUGAAAAGGACUGUGAGGUAGAGGACAUUGAACGCAACAUAUUCGAUGAGGAUGAAAUAAUACGCGAAUACGCGCCACACGAACGAAAGCCACCGACCACAGAGGGUCCCACGCUGGAGGGCCUGGACGCGCAGGAGUACUACCUCUUCCAUUCGAAUAUGUACCAGAAGGCGAACGCACGGAAUCCCUGCAAUGAUCAGCAAUUCAAGUGCGGCAACAACGUUUGCAUACCGUUACAUCUGCGCUGCGAUGGCUUUUACCACUGCAACGACAUGACGGACGAGUAUGGCUGCGAUCAGUACAAUGCCAGUAAGCGGCGCACCACAGCGCCACCUUCGAACCUCGUACGCACGACGCAGGCUGCACAGGUGUUGCCUUGGUGGCGCACCACAGCUGCUACGACAGCAGCGCCCACGACAACGGCGGGGACGACGACAACGCGCAGCCCGUGGAUCGCAACGCCGACGCACGUUGUUAGCACUGUAGCGCCCAGCUACAACAACACUUGCCUCGAAAAUAUCGAAUUUACGUGCCAAAAUGGCGAUUGCAUACCGAUCGAGAGCGUUUGCGACGGCACUGCCGAUUGUACGCGCCGCGAAGACGAAGACUACAAUUUGUGCACCUGCAGCAGCGACAAGUGGAAAUGUUUGCGCGGCGGCGGUUGCAUACCAAAAACGCAGGUCUGCGAUGGCAAACGGCAGUGCAAGGAUGGCAGCGACGAGAGUAUUUGCCAUUUCGAACCGGAUCCAGCGCUCAGUGAAUGCGAUAUUUAUGAAUUCGAAUGCGACUACUCGCAGUGCAUACCGAUCGAUAAGCGCUGCGACGGUUAUCCGGAUUGCAAUGAUGAGACUGAUGAAUACGAUUGCCCGCCGUUUACAGAGCAUUGCCAUGACAACGAAUUCGAAUGCGAUCAGAAUUAUUGCAUACUCCGCGAUCAACAAUGUAACGGUGUUGCCAAUUGCAAUGAUGGAACCGACGAGCAAAAUUGCACUCACUGUCGCGAUAAUGCUUUUCUCUGCAACACUGGCGAAUGCAUUUUGCCUAAACUGCGAUGCAAUGGCCAGGCCGAUUGCGUCGAUGCCAGCGAUGAGUUAAACUGCGCACGACCGGGCAAUGCGCGACCACCACCACGACCGCCAGCGCCGGCGCCAACAAAACCAACGAGGAUCGACUGCCCGCCACUGCAAUUCCGCUGCAACGGCACCUGCGUCGACUGGAGUCUGCAAUGUGACGGCAAAGUCGACUGCGACGACGAGUUCGACGAACGCGAUUGCGAUGUACAUGAGAACGAAAUAACAUUGCCCAUAUCGAAUAGGACUUGCCUCUCCUACCAGUGGCAAUGCGACAACGCUCAGUGCAUUAACAAAGAUUAUCUCUGCGACGGGCACGACGAUUGCACCGACGGAUCAGAUGAGACGCGCAGACAGUGCCGAAAAGAGGAAGCCAUUCGUCACUCACCCGAAGACUGUUCGUCGGAUCAAUUCUUCUGCGACGAUGAGUGUCGGCACGGAUCGAUACGUUGUAACGGUUAUAGCGAUUGUACCGACGGCAGCGAUGAGAUAAACUGUUUGUCCUAUCCGCCAACACGACGACCGGUGCCCAUCUACCCAUGCCCCAUACAUACCUGCCCGAAUGGCAAAUGCUACUCGGAGAGCGAACGUUGCGAUGGUUCGCGCGACUGCGACGAUGGCGCUGAUGAGGCAAAUUGCUGUGCUGCCAAUCAGUUCCGCUGCCGCAAUGGCGAUUGUGUCUCUGGCAGCGCUCAUUGCAAUGGUUACCGUGACUGCCGUGACGGCUCGGACGAAGAAGACUGCUCGGAACCCAACUACGACGUGGGACGCACUUGCUCGGUUUCGCAGUUCCGUUGCAACAACGGACAGUGUAUCAAUGCGGCGGCGCGUUGUGAUGGCUAUACCGAUUGUGCAGACAGCUCAGAUGAACUUUCGUGCAGAGUUCCUGACACAUCAUCAAACCCACAACUGAACCUGAAGACCUAUCCUGACAGCCAAAUCAUCAAAGAAAGUCGUGAAGUCAUCUUCCGUUGUCGUGACGAAGGUCCAGUGCGCGCUCGUGUCAAGUGGACCCGCCCUGGUGGUCGGCCGCUUCCAAUCGGCUCGCGUGAUAACGGGGACGGCCGUCUGGAGAUUCCGAACAUUCGC